AUUUCCCAUCGGGGCCCGUUGCGGCCGUUGGCCCUCCACGAGCCUCUUGCACAGCUCCAAGACCACAUCGGCCUCUACCUGGCCCCACCGGCGCUGGUGGUCGCCAGCGCCGGCUGUUGCCCUGCCAGCUUCUGGCUAGCCCCUAUCCUCUCAGGUUGCCGUCACUGCUGGUUGCCACCGCUAUUCCGUUGUCGCCGAUUCCGGUAUCCACCAGGAGCCCCCGCUUGCCAAUGGCUGGCCUCACAAACAUUGGUUGCCGCCAGAUCUGGUUGCUGCCGCCAGGCCCGUCAGACUCUCCCUGGAGUCCACGCGCAGGUAUCGUGCUCAGUGUGUGCGUGUGCGUGUUGGCAACACGUUCUUGCACGUGUGCGCACGUUCGUAACCAUGAUGGCUGGCGAUUCCCCGAUAUUUCCCAGUCCAGUCUUCCCCCCUCCCUCUCCCACCCCUCACUCGGGGCCGAGGAAGAGGGGUGAGAAGAUGGGGCCGAUAUUACACGACCGGGGCCAUGCAGUUCUCUCAGAUGCCAUGGCCCCCUCCUUUCUCUUCCAGCAAAUCUCCUGCACCCCCCUUCGCCCGCACAUGCCUCUGGCCAUGGUGCGCUAACCCCCCUCUUGCUGGCCCUCCUCUCUCGCGGACCCGACUCACCUCCGUCGGCGGCGAAGAGCUAAGGACACCAAUCAGAGCGACACGAUCUCGUUCCUGGAGUUCGCGCGAGCCUUCCAGAAGCGGCAGCCGACGGGCGCGGCGGGAACGAGGCGCGCGGAGGACCGACGACCUGCCCCUCGCGCACAACGUGUGGUCGGCCUCGAUCUUCGUGCACCGCUCGGCCCUGGUCCACUGCUGCCGCCUGAUGGACGCCGCCGGCUCAGGCCACGUGUCCACGAGGAACUUUCUGUCCGCGGUCGAGGCUCUCGGCCUCAUCCUCGGUCGCCCCUUCACUGCGGGCGACUUGCUGGAGCUCGAGAAGAGCAUCGGCGACACCCUCAUGGACCCAAGGGGGGAUUACCAGUCGGCCCUCAACGACUUCAGUGUCUCCUUCGACUCCCACCUCGCCACGCGCAUGACGCAGUCCGUCAUGAUGCCCUUCUGACGGCGUUCGCGGUGCCAUCGCCGGCGUUCGAAGCCAGGCGAAGCCGCGGAAUCGUGUGUCGAGAGGAUCGAAUUGGUGCCGUGUGGCCCGCGGGUUGUGUGCUCUCAAUCGCGCCGUGGGAACGGGCCACCAAAGUCAAAUAAACAUCGAUUAUCUACGCGAGCUGGCGUGCACACUCAGGAGUUGCUCGACGUGGUCCGCACCACCUGUCGCUGAGAGCGCGCACUUCCCCGCCUCAGCACAGCAAAUCGGGCCGUGACGAGGCCCGGCUAGUUGCGGAGCGGAG